CAAAACUUUAGCUUAUAGCUUUUGCUCCUAUCACGUAUGGCCCUUUUUGAUCUCGACGACAUUUUGCUGAAAAAAACUAGUGCAGUUAAAGAAACUGAACAAUUUUCGGAGUAACCUAGGUUGUAUGAUUUACUUUGAGCUCCUAUACACCUCUUGUAAUGGGGAAUCAGCCGACAGCCACCAGACGAGUUACCUUCGAGCGCGAACAAGCUGGAGUGAUCGCGAUUUCAGACAGCGUUGCGAAGCGCUUGCGGUCGGGUGAAGCGCCAUCACACAGCAAACAGCAUGGCGAACCAUCACACUCACAAGCGCCAGAAACGAGUUCUUCCAGCGGGAAAACGAAGAAUGACACCACCACGCGAACCGCGGCGUCAUCGAGUGGGAUGCAGAGUGAUGGCAUGGUGUGGAAUACAGACCAACCUUCCGGAGAGCAGAGGGGAUUUAUUGCGCAGGGUCUGAUGCAAGAACGGAUGCAGGGUGAUUAUAACCAGAUGUUGCGCCAAUUGGAAGACGACUGGCAAGAGCGAUAUAAGCGAUUGGAAACCGAUUCAGAGCAUGUGAGAAAAACUUCUGGAGAAGAGCUUCAUCGAUCUUUGAAGAAUGUAGAGUCCAUGUUUGCGACAAAAUCGCAGAACGUUAUAAGUAGUGACCUGCAGCAAGCAGUAAUGGAAUGCUACAAGCAGAACACCACGCGAACGCUGAAUUGCAGUCAGGAAGCAGAUGCUUUUAUUCGCGGAGUUGAGACGUUCAAAACGAAUUUUCUUGGAAAACAGAUGAGUUAGUUGGAUUGACGGUGCUUGAUGCCUGCUUUCAGCGUUUUGGAAAUGGACUUUUCGAAUGAAUUUGUUUUAAUGUUUACAUGGUUACCUAUAUGCUGUGACACUGUUGCAUUUGAUUGCUGUGUUUGAUUGGGUAUGGAGCAUUGUAAUACUUAAUCGGAGUAUGAAAUUUACUGAAGAUUGGAAAUCAAUUCACAAGCUAACUUAA